CAGGGUGUGUUAUUCACGAAGAAAACUGAAAACAGCAAAAAUCUCUAGUAAAACCGACGUAGUUAGUAUAUGAUUAAUUAACUUUUAACCACCCUAACCCAGAAUUUGAUUAAAUAACCCUGUGAAUCAAGUGUUCAAUAAUAAUGGAUUUUCGUGGGGAAAGUCUUAAUGAUCCAGUGCGUUUGUUUGCCAAAGAUUCGGAUUUUACUGAAUUUCAUGAGGCAUUUUCAUUGUUUGACAACAGAGGCGAUGGUAAAAUCAACGUUUCCCAAUUAGGCGAUGUCCUCAGAGCGUUGGGCCAAAAUCCUACCGAAGCUGAAGUUAAGAAAUGCUGUAACCAACUCAGAUCAGACGAUAGGAUUGGAUUUGAUGUUUUCCUGCCUAUUUUGCAGACAGUGAGCAAAAAUCGAUGCACUGAUACCGCAGAGGAUUUCAUUGAAGGUUUACGGCAUUUUGACAAAGAUGGGAGUGGUGUUAUUAGUUCAGCUGAGUUAAGACAUCUGCUCACAACUCUGGGUGAAAAAUUGAAUGACGAUGAAGUUGAACAACUCUUGGCUGGCCAAGAAGAUUCCCAAGGAAAUAUUCAUUACGAAGAAUUUGUUAAAACAGUUAUGAGCGGCUAAUUAUAUUUAACGCGCAACAUUCCAUGUGUCCACCCUUUGCCUUACGAGUAUGGCAUCAAAUUGUUAGGCUUUGUGCUUACCUUAUAUAACCAAAUAUCUAUCAGAACUUGAAUCAUUUUAAACUAACCCAUUGUUCUUGUUCGAUACGCCACCCAAAAUUAGUUAAAAACUAUAGUUUCGAUUCCCAUUCUUUCAUCAUCUUUUAACUAAUUAUUGCUAAAAUCCGAUCUGAAAGUAAACUUAUUUACGUAUAAUCUCGUUUUCCGGCCAUCUACAGAAUUAUUAAAAUUAUAAUUAUAAAAUAAAAUGCUUUGUUAUUCAA